AUGCAGUCUGUAGCCCGCAGCUGGAGACUCAAUGCUAUUACUACCCAGUCUUCCCUGUGCCUUGUUUGCGGAAUUCUAGUUCCCUCCAAGAAGUCUACCUCGACGGCCUCCCCUGCCCGCCGCCUGGUCGACGAAGAUGAGCAGCGACAAUACAACGGCAACGAACAUCGUCGAUGCGAGGGCCCCACUUCCGCGCAUCAAAAGAGGCUUUCCCUUCAACCCGGAAAAAUAUCAGUUCAAGUUUACGCAGAAGAAACGUUGUGGGAUACAGGACCCGAGUCGGUUAAUGCUAACGAGCUGCCCGGAGCACUUGACGCGAUGGAUCCACCCAGGAUAUCGACACCUGGUCCCCUGGUCUCACCGUUUCCGCGGGAUCGUCGUGAAACGCAGCAUUGCGGCCAAGAUCAAGAAGAGGACCGUCUACUACUUCCCGUUUCCGCGUGUAUUCCCCUACUUUGCGAUAUUUGCCAAAUGACGACGCCAGAACUUGAGUUUGCCCUCGUCCAUCCAUGUAACAAAAAAAUAAUGACGCUGGGUGUGCGGAGUAAAGCAAAGGACAAGUUGGCUGUAAUGGAACGGCUUCCAAACCCGCAGCAUUAUCGUCUUUUUACGUACACCUGCGACGAAGAUCUUGAUCCUAUCCUGCAAAGGCCUGAAGAUGAAAGUGGCAUACGGAGGCUGAGUGAUACUUGCAUCGAUCGGCUUUCCGAGGGGACAGGGAUCGACAUAGAUUCUUUGGAGUCAAGCACGAAGGCGAGCGCGUUCGGUGAUGAAUUUGAGAUCGACGAGCGAUGCAUGUGCGCGACGUGUGGGCUGGAAUGGGCAAAUUCAAGCGAAUACUUCGAACACUUGGCUGUCGAGCCGGAUUGCUUAGAAGAACGACGGCAGCCUGUGCCCCUCGGAAAUACCACCGAAAAAGAUAGUACUCCUGUGCCCGCA